AAUGCCUUCUUCAUUACCCUUUUGUGAAGUAAGUUUAUUAUAUAUUAAAGGGAUGAGGCAAGUGUUCGUGCCUCUAAAUUUAUGUUAAUCGUUAUGCAUAGUGGUUUAGCAGGAAGUUUCUAACCAGUAAAUUUUGUGCUAAGAAGGAGAAAUGGCCCACUUUUCGACUACAAGUUUCAUCAUGGUAACCUUGUUGAUGCUGAAUCUGGUGGAGAUCAGUCCUUAUGUUCUACAAGCUGAAAUGAAAUUCGAUGAUAAAGGUAAUCGAUAUGUCAAAACUGACACAACAUUCUACGGACUGGAUAAGAAUCAUACACUGACAAUCAAGGUGGACGAUUGUGUAAUCACAUUGGAUUUCUCUCCUCCUAAGAAAUCUGAGAUCAAGGAGAAGAAGGGUACUCGAAAGGUUACAGUAACUAAAGGAUGUGACAAGAUAUUUAAGAAAUCUGAUGAACUGAAAAAGGCUAAGAAUUAAACAUGUCGUUGUGGAGAAUAUAGUGGUUGGAUAUCAAAACGAAAAUGCAUUGUUAUAUUAACUGCUAAUCCAAUCACUCACACUAUGAAUACACCUCGUUCAGUAAUGAAAGGAUUUCUCUUUUGAAAAUUUUCGACGCUAUCAUGACUGAUUACAUACCUUAACAAAACAUAAACACGCUGCACUUUCAUUAGCUUCGAAGUGGAUGAAUUCCUCACCAG